AGUGGGAACUGGGAACACGAAGCACUAAAUGGUAAAUACCGAUUAUAAGUACAAAGUAGUAUAACAUUUCAAAUUUCAAAUUUGAACGCUGGUUAUUUUUAAUUUUUAUUGUACUUAGCUAAUAUUUAAAACCUUCAUUUGUAAGCUAACAGUUCAGAUUAAAGUUUAAGAAUACUUGGUUUUAUUUUUAUUGUGUUUUUACACAAUUUUAUUCAUAUGCGUCUGUGAAACUGUAUUGGCUUUUAACCAUGUCAAAACGACUUUCAAAUGAAAUCGAGAUUUCCACCAAAGAUGGAAUUGACAAAGAAAAACAACAACCGGACAAGAAACCAAAGUUAUCAUUUGGAAUGAUGAAAAAAAGUCUUCCAGCAAAAUCCGGCAUUAAGAUAACUCUUAACAGCCCUGCCACUAAAGAACCACCUAUUCUACCAAAACCAGCAUCAAAGUCUGUCGCGGCAGUAUUUGGCGAUGUUAGUGAUGACGAACCUGAAGAAAUGCCUAAAGAAGCUAGAAUGCGUAUGAGAAAUAUUGGUAGGGAUACGCCAACGUCAGCUGGACCUAAUUCAUUUGGCAAAACUAAGCAUGGUUUCUGCAAUACUGGCAAACUUAUGGAGAAGACACUUAAAGAAGCUACAAAUGCACUAAUUGAUGAUAAAAAAUAGUUAUUAUUUUUUUUUCACAAUUAUUGUGAAUGUUGUAUUUACAUUUUUUGCACAGAAUUAGUUUUAAAUAUUAAUUAAGAUAACCAUGACUGUGUAUUUAUAAAGAAUUAUUGAAAGGAUAUUUAUCACUUAGUCCAAUCAAUUGACCCUUUUUUUAUUCAUGUAACUGUAAAGUGUAUAAAAUAUACAAGCAAUACAUAUUACAUAA